CGAAGCAGGACAAGAGGCCACCACGGCGGCUCGCAGCCCCACGCCCCCACCGCGCUCCACCCUCCUCUCGCUUCCCGCCCUUCCAGGGUUGUCGCAUCUCCUCCCUGGCUCCGCGGCGUCGAUUCCUGCGCGGGGGGCACCGACCCGCACAAAAACCCUAGCCUAGCACUGGCCUCGCCUCGCCCAUUCGUCUCCUUCCUCCGCAUAAGCCGCGUCGCUUCCUCCGCUCGCGCGCGCAUCGCCCGAGUACCCAUGUCCACCUCGCCGGCGGCGUCCGCCGCCGCCACUGCGAAGGCGACCAUCUCCGUCGAGUACGCCAAGUCCGGUCGGUCCACCUGCAAGGUAUGCAGCGAGGGCAUCGCCAAGGGCGCGCUCCGCCUGGGCGCGUCCGCCCGCGACCCCCGCGGCUUUGACAGCACCAAGUGGUACCACGUCGCUUGCUUCCCCACCUCGUCGCACCCACUUGGUCCCGUCGAGAAGGUCAAGGGGUUCGACUCCGUCAAGGAGGAGGAUCGCGAGGAGGUGCGUGAGUGUUACAAGAAAUGUAAGAGAGAUCAGACUUCAGAAGGACCAACUGAAGAGUCAAGCCCAAAGAAAGUAAAAGUCAGCCUAUCGCCACCUGCUGCAGGAGUGGCAGAAAGUGCUAGUAUCUCAGUUGUGUAUGCCAAGACUGGCCGCUCCACCUGCAAGGCUUGCAAUGAGAAUAUUGCGUCUGGUGCCCUCCGUCUUGGCGCCACUAUUCGCGAUCCCCGUGGUUUUGACAGUACAAAAUGGUACCAUAUUGCUUGCUUCCCUGCAUCAACUUACCCAGCAUUCUCUGUGGAGAACCUUGAGGGGUUUGAUUCUAUCAAGAAUCAAGACCGUGAUAAGUUGCGCGAGUUGGAGGAGAAUUGUAAGAAUAUGACUGAUCAGUUGAAUGAGCCAAUUCUGAAGAAGGAAGUGGUUCACAACAUGGCUGACCCUAAGGGUACUGAAAAUAAUCUCAAAGGUGCCAAGAUUGUGGCAGAGGACAAAAAAGCUGGUCCAGUGAUACCCUUUUCGGUUUCUGAUAUAGAGAAAAACUACAAGGAUGCUACCCUUCCAGCUCAUUGGAAGGUUUUCCGUACAGUUAUUUUUCGUGAGCAGGACGAUGGCCUUCAGCCUUCAGCGAAGAUUGCUGCAUUUGAUUUUGAUGGAUGCCUUGCCAAAACCUCAGUGAGGAUUGUCGGUGCAGACAAGUGGUCUUUACAGUAUGAAUCAAUUCCAGAAAAGCUGCAGAUCCUUUACAAUGAUGGCUAUAAAUUGGUCAUAUUCACCAAUGAGUCUAACAUUGAACGAUGGAACAAAAAGCGGCAGCAAGCUGUUGACUCAAAAAUUGGUCGUCUUGACAAGUUCAUUGAGCGUGUGAAAGUUCCUAUUCAGGUUUUCAUAGCAUGUGGUUUGGGGAAAAGAAAAAACACUCCAGAUGAUCCAUUUCGAAAACCAAACACUGGAAUGUGGUGGUUGAUGACAAAGCAUUUCAAUUCUGGAGUUGCAGUUGACAUGGACAAAUCUUUCUUUGUUGGUGAUGCUGCUGGGAGAGAGAAUGAUCAUAGUGACGCAGAUAUAGAAUUUGCUAAGGCCAUCGGUCUGAAAUUUCAUGUUCCUGAAGAGUACUUCAACGAAUCUGCAAAUAUGUAGCUAUUCUUAUGUGGAAAUCUAGCUGACCAUGCCCUGAGUUUCUGUUUAAACCAGCUAUACAUGUUCCAAGUGUUGCUGUUUGCUGCAGUUAUCAUCUUCAUUCGUUCCAUCUAGAUACAAGUUGUGAUUUUGGUAUGAAAUACUGCAGCGUUGGCUUCAUAUUGAAAAAUCACGUGUGCUUCCUUUUUCUCAAACGGUUCUUGCUAAACUGGGUUCACACUUCACUAUGAAGGCAGUUGUUGUGAGAUGGAGUACGUAUGACUGAAAUAUGGGGCGUGACCCGACUCAUCUGCACCUCUAAUUCACGAGUUGCUGCAGGGAUGGCCAUUCCUGUUCUGGUGCAUGAUCCUCACAAGUUGUGGCUCCAAGAGAGCUACAAGCGAGAAGAAAACGUGUAUAGACAGUUUGCACUGUUACAUCAGCA